AUGCCUAUACAGUUGUCAGAUUUACAGAAGAUCGGUCUCGGUCUGACAAUAUUUGGUGUUGGUAUUAUCUUUCUCGGUAUAGUCUUUUUAUUUGACAAGGGCUUAUUAGCAAUUGGAAAUAUUUUAUUUCUUGCUGGUCUUUCACUGAUUAUCGGAUUUGAAAGAACAUUUCGAUUUUUCUUUCAGCGUUAUAAACUUAAAAGCACUGCACUUUUCUUCGGAGGAAUUCUUCUAGUUUUAAUCGGCUGGCCAGUAAUUGGAAUGCUUAUUGAAUGCUACGGAUUUUUUCUCCUAUUCGGAGGUUUCAUUCCAAUUGUUAUUAACUUCCUCCGACGUUUACCAAUCAUAGGUUCAAUUCUAUUACUACCUGGUAUUCGACAGAUUACUGAUAAACUAUCGGAUAGUCGAUCAAUGGUGUAA